AUGGAUUCUAUGGAUGAUCAACCCACAGUGGAUACACGCAUGGAUACAGAUACUGUGGGUGCAGAGGGUUGGAAGAACGAGUCUCGCUCUUUUGACGACACUCCCAUGCAAGGAGAGACUUGCCACAAUUGUGGAGCAGAGGGGCACAAGGCAAGGGACUGCACAGAGCCUCGCAAACCACGCCAAGGAGAGACUUGUCGCAACUGUGGAGAUCCUACUCACUAUGCCAAAGACUGUCCUCUGCCCAAAAAGCCAAAGGAAGGAACGGGCUGCAUGACGUGUGGAUCCUCGGACCAUUACGCCCGUGAUUGUCCAGAGAGGACACGCGAGCGCACCCGUGCUUCCGACGAGGAAUUGAUUGCCCUCUGGGAAUCCUUUAUUACGGCUGAUGAUGAUGGGGAAUUUGAUGAGAUUAGAAGGAUUCUCUUGGCCAUUAUGGACAAGGAUCCCGAUGAAACGUGGCCUGGUCUCGAGAAGAGGCUGCAACCUCGCAUGUUGCCCCCCAACAAGGAACUCGCUGAUAACCAGGGUCACGGCAACAAGCGCUACGAGAUUACAUUCAUUAGGAACCCCCGCGUUCUCAAAUUCAAGCUCAAGGACGACGAUGCAAAGACGGCCAAUGCUGAACGGCUCAAGGACGCGGGCACCAUUCGCGAACGGUUCAAAGUGAAUGGCAAAUUCGAGUUGCCCGACUGGCAGAUGGAGGGUCUGACGGCCACUCAGAGAAACAUUGCCAAUAAUGCCUGUCUUUGUUCCACUGAGCACAGGACCAAAGAAUGUAGCGAGGAACGUGAGCGGCCCAAAGUCGGCAUUUGCUUCAAGGUCGUGCAGUCAUCUCAACUGACGGAUAACAGGCAUCCGAUUGUCCCGAGCCCGACACCAGGACGCGCUGUGAAAAAGAAGGGCACAAGGCGAGCGAAUGUCCUGAACCCGACACUCGUACCUGCAACAAUUGCGGUGAGCCCGGCCACAAGCAAGCAGAGUGCACCGAGCCCCGCAAACCUCGCGGCGGAGGAAGGUCAUUUAUCCAAGGACUGCACUGAGCCGAGGAGGGAACGCAGGCCAAUGAAGUGCCACAAGUGUCACCAAGAAGGCCACAAGGCUGCGGAUUGCACUGAAUCUGGUGGCGACUAUUCCAACGACGGCUAUUCUGGCGGGUACGGAAACAAUUCGACCGGUGACAAUGAUGUUACCAUGCAAGAUUCCGCUUCGAGUGCCGCCGCGUUUGAUAGCAACUGGAACCCCCAAGAAGAAACGCCCCAAGUCGGGGGAGGCUGGUAA